UUCACUCAUUCACAAAACAACAAACAAGUUCAAAGUUCAACGCGUGCUCGGAUCCACGCCGUGAUACUUCAACGCGUUAAAAAAAUGGAGGCGGCGGUGUACAAAUUGCCCAUCACGCGUGAUGGGUGGCCGAACACGGACCACCCCGGGUCCUCUUAGAGAGCAAGGUUUGAACGGAAAUCCGUACAGGUUUUUGUUCGGAGACAUGAAGGAGAUGGUGCAGAUGACAAAUGAGGCCAAACUCAAACCGAUCAAACUAACCGACAGUAUCCUUCCACGUGUCAUGCCCUUUUACUAUCAUAAUAUUCAUAAAAGUAGCAAUAUAUUCUUCACCUGGAUGGGGCCAAAACCUAUGGUGCAUGUCACAAAACCUCAAUUAAUACGACAAAUAUUGGCUGACUAUAAUAAAUUUCAAAAGCCAAAAUAUGGGAAUCCAUUAGCAAGUUUGCUUGGAAAAGGACUUGUAGAUGCUAAUGGAGAUCAAUGGGCCAAACAUAGAAAGAUCAUCAACCCUGCAUUCUAUGUUGAGAAACUAAAGCAUAUGUUACCAGCCUUUUACAUUAGUUGUAGUGAGAUGAUCAACAAAUGGGAAGGGAUAACAAAAGGAGGAUCUGUUGAAGUUGAUGUUUAUCCUCAUCUCCAAACAAUGACCAGUGAUGUUAUUUCGCGUACAGCCUUUGGUAGCAGCUAUGAGGAAGGAAGAAAGAUAUUUGAACUUCAACACGAGCUAGCAAAGCUAGUUGUAAAAGACAUGCAAUCAAUUUAUAUUCCAGGAUCUCGAUUUUUGCCUACGAAAAGAUACAGACGAAUGAGGGAGAUUGACUGAGAAGUGAAGAGCACGGUAAAGAAAAUUAUUAAUAAACGAUUAAAGGAAACCACAGACAGCACUAAAGAAGAUUUGUUGGGCUUAUUGUUGGAUUCAAACAACAAAGAAAUCAAGCAAAAAGGGAAUAACAAAUUUGGACUUAGCAUUGAUGAAGUCAUUGAAGAGUGCAAAGUCUUUUACUUUGGAGGACAAGAAACUACUGUAAAUUUGCUUACUUGGACUAUGAUUUCAUUGUGUCAGCACACAAAUUGGCAAGAUCGCGCUAGAGCCGAAGUUUUAGAAAUGUUUGGAGAUAGAAAACCAGAUAUCGACGGAUUAAAUCGUUUAAAAACUAUUAAUAUGAUCUUGCACGAGGUACUUAGGUUCUACCCGCCUGGUGUAGGCAUGCCGCGGAUGAUUCAUGAAGAAACUAAAGUAGGAAACUUAACAUUACCAUCCGGGUCACCCCUUAUUUUGCAUCUGAUGCUUUUACAUUACAACGCUGAAAUAUGGGGUGAUGAUGUGAACGAGUUCAACCCAGAAAGAUUUGCUGAAGUCGUGUCAAAUGCAACAAAGAAACAAGCAUCAUUUUUCCCGUUUGGAGGGGGCCCUUGUAUAUGCAUUGGACAAAAUUUCACUAUGUUGGAAACAAAACUCGCACUUGUUAUGAUUCUAAGACGCUUCUCCUUCAAGCUUUCACCGUCAUACUCGCAUGCUCCACAUGUCAUUCUCGCCAUGCAACCGCCGUUUGGUGCUCAAUUGAUUUUGAGUGAGCUUUGAUGGUUAGUGUGGACAAAACUAAUUGAAUAUGUGUUUCUUUUAUAAUUUGUAUUACUGUUGAUGGGUUUAUUUGUAGCUUUUAGCUGCUUUUGUAAAUGCACUUGUGUGAUAAGUGUUGGAUUUCCGUAAGUCUAGGGUCUGAAAUGUAACUUGUAAUAUAACGGUGAGU